UCCUUUAUAAGCAUGAUUGUUUUACUGUGAACAUUUUUUAGACCCGCCUUUGUAUCAUAAAAAAAAAAAAAAUUGCUUUUGUCGUAUUUAUUCUUCCUACUUCUCUUCCGAGCCAGUUUCGAAUCCACGCGCAACUUUGACUUCCAUGUCACGUGACACCGGAAGUGGUCCAAAGUGUCCACAAAGUGAGGAUGCCGUGACGGAUUUGAUGCAUCAAAUUUGGGGUUUCCUUCCAUUUUCUACUAAUACAAUGGCUUCAAUCAUUAAAGAAACGCAAAGCAUCAAGGAAGCCGUGACUCUCAUCAAUGGCAUAGAUGUGAACAAGUUCUCCCGGUUGAUCUCCCGCAUCAUCCAAAAGCUUCAUCUGAAGGGAGAACGGACAUUCAGCGAAGAGGAGGAGCAAAAACUUCAGACGGCUUUUUCUCUGGAUAAACAAGCUCUCGACUUAGUCCUGGAAACGUCCGCCUUUAUUCUCGAGCAGGCGGCGUACCAUAAUGUGAAGCCAUCCUCUCUGCAGCAGGAGCUUCAGGGGAUCAACAUGCACCCCGACAAAGCUGAAGUGUUCUCUCAAACGUGGUCCACUUCCGGCCCCCAGCUAGCGGACCGACUGAAGCACAAUAUUUUUGCCCCGAAGAAGCUGGAUUUUGUCAGCUGGCAGUUGAACCUGCACAUGGCCCAGUCCAGCCAGGCCAGACUCCAGUCCCCCAACGCUGUCCUCCAACUGGGCCUCCACAAUGACGACUCUCAGGUCCGGGAAAAUGUCUUCAUUGAGUUUAACCACCAGGAGCUGCUUGAGUUCUACAACAAGCUCGAAAUUGUACAAGGCCAACUGGAUUCCCUGACUUGAUGGUUGUGAAACACUUGGGCGCACCCUCACACACUUUGGUUGUGGUUUACUGACCGCUGACAAGAGAUCUGUAAGAAAAACAACACAGCGCUUGAAUGGAACACAUAUUAUGUCCUUCACUCAAGAAACAUAUCAUAAAUAUGAUUGUGUGCCGCAUUUUUUUUUUUUUUCAUAACUGAGCUGUUUUAGAAAUGGAAAGUCAGAUUUUUUUUUUUGUCACUGAAACAAUUCUUCAAUAUCUUAAAAAUGAUAAUUGUUGUCUGUAAAUGGGUUGUCACUUGUCAAGAGAUUUAAAAAAAAAAAAAAAGAAAGAAAGAAAAGAAAACAUUCCGAGGGUUAUGAGGAAAUUAAUGUUGAAAUACAAUUUUGGAGGCAAAUAAAGUAAUAUUGAAACAGU